AUGGAGUUCUAUGGAGGAAUGAUUAAAGCACCAAAGGUUCUUGCAGACAUUGUGGAGUCGGUAAUGGGGGCUGUAUUUUUGGAUUGUGGCUUUGAUGUGAAUGCUGUCUGGGUGAUAGAUCUUCAGAGGCCUACUAGAGCCUAUUGUUAUGCUGAAUACGUUGGAAGAACAACCACAGCCUCUUCGUCUGAGCACAAAGAAAAUGCAAAGCUUCAAGUGGCAAAAGCUGCUCUAAAAGAGUUGUUCUAUAACCCUUUUGAUAAGAUGGAUGUUGAAUUUGUUCCAUUCCAGAGAAAAAAGAGGGAUCCUGAAUCUAUAACAUUUCAGAAAAAAAAGAUGGAUGUUGAAUUUGACCCAACAAAAGAGUGUGAAGGAGCAAAGCAGAAGCUAAACGGGCUUUGCCAGAUAGAGAAAUGGCCCAAACCAACUUACAGAGUAGAGAAAGAGAUAGGUCCUGUUCAUGAUAGGAGGUUUAUAUGCUCUGUGCAAAUUAUAAUUGCUGAAGGCAUGCUUUUUGAUGAAGCAGGUAGCAGGGUUCGUUUCAACUUGGAAGUAUAUCUUACUCAGGUUUUCUCUUGA